AAACAAUAUUUCAAGCUCAUACCCAAAAAAUUGAUAACUCCAACGAUGAAUUCGUAGUUAUCAAAACUUAAUGUGUCAAAAUGUCAAUUUUACUCUUUUUAAUUUUCUAAACAUCCUCAAUCUUCACGAAAUUGCUGCCACCAUAGAUGUCUGCUUCUUGGUUAAUUUCCAGUCCUUGUUCAAAGCUGAACCACCAUCUCCGCCGCCGUAACCACCGCCUGAUUCUCUCGCCGGCGUUCUUAUUUUCCGGCACCGGGAAACAAAUGGUCACCACUAGCAGCAGCGCCAGUAGUAGUUCAAAUAGAGGUGCAUUUACAACACUCAAAGAAAGAGUAACUUUUGAGAAAGAAAUAAAAAAAAGCAAAUUUAUUGCCAUUGCUGGCCAUAUUACAGAUGAGGGCUCUGCUCAAUCUUUCCUUUCUGAGGUACGAGAUCCUCGGGCUACACAUAAUUGUUGGGCGUACAAGGUUGGUGAACAAUAUCGGACUAAUGAUGAUGGCGAACCAUCUGGUACUGCUGGCAAGCCGAUACAUUCUGCAAUUGCAUCCUCAGGAUUGGAUAGAAUCAUGGUGGUCGUUAUUAGACACUUUGGAGGAAUUAAACUUGGCACUGGAGGUCUAGUAAGAGCUUAUGGAGGAGUCGCUGCAGAAUGUUUAAGAAAUGCUCCUACAUGUCUUGUAAAAUCUAAAGUGCCGAUGGGCUUGGAGGUUCCUUUUGAACUACUAGGAGUCUUAUACCAUCAGCUACAGUCGUUCCAAGCAGAAGAUAUCAAGCAGGAUUAUGAUACCGGGAAAGAUGGAGUCACCAUGGUGACGUUCAAAGCUGAUUUUGACCGUGUACAAGGUUUAGAAGAAGCUAUUAAGGCCAACUGCAGCCGUGAUAUUGUAUUCUACAAACGCUAGAAUUUUUCCGUGUCACUUUGUCUGAUGGUUUUAAGUCCCAUCCUGCUGGAACUUAUGGAGAUUUGAAAUACCUUCUGCUCAAGAAAGCUACAUCUCGAGAUGGUUAAUAUCAUUUGCUCAUUCUUGAAAGGUUCAUAGCGUUGCUCUUGUUGACACCAAUGUCUGAGCUGACUUUUCCGUCUCUUUUAGUCUUUGUUCUGUAAUUAGGAGUCGUUAUAGGAGACGCAAGCAUGAGAUUGGUUUGUCCUCAUUUGCUCUUAUAUUCAUACAACUUUUAAAGAUAUAUACUUGUACAAUCUUUCCCAUACUUCUUGUUUCUGUAUUCAUGAAUAAGACAUGGUUGCUCCGUUUUGUUAGUAUCUGUUGUUUCUCGUA